AGCCAACUUCCCCCAUCAUCAACCCCCUAAACCAAAAUUAUUUAUAAAAAUUACAAAAAGGUGAAAAAGUAGGAAGAAAAGUAAAACCUUGAACCAUAUUCAAAGUUCUAAAGAAAGAAUGCAAAAGCAAAGGGUGAAACGCAAAUUCUGAAAAGCUCUAUGAAGGGAAGAACUAGCAUGUUGUGGGUUGGGAAAGGAAAGAGAGGUUAGAGAAAAAGAAAAAGAAAAAAAAAAAAAAAAAAAACCAGUUCUAGAGAGAGAGAGGGAGAGAGGGAGGGAGCUUUGUUCAUCUCUCUCCUGCUGCUUGGUGCAGCUUUCUGAAAGGUUUUUGCAAGGGACGAACAGUGAUGCUAGAAACAUGGGCAAGAAAGGGAGUUGGUUUGCAGCAAUCAAGAGGGUUUUCGUACCUAAUUCCAAAGAUAAGGUGGUGAAUGGAUCGGAUAAAAAGAAUAGUACUAAGGAAAAGAAGGGGAAAGGAAUAUUGAGGGAUGGAGAGACCAAAUCAUUCAUUCCCCUCUUCAGGGAGCCGAGCAGUAUCGAGAAAAUAUUGGGUGAAGCAGACCAACAAAUAUAUGUCACUAGUGCCCCCACUCCAGCUGCUGACCAACCAGAAACACCACCUUUGGUUCUCGACAGUGCUGCUUCUCCACGAGCCACUUCUCCCACUGCUGCUUCUCCACGAGCAACUUCUUCCACUGCUGCUUCUCUACGAGCUUCUUCCCCCACUGCUGUAUCUGCACCAGCCACUUCUUCCCCCACUGCUGUAUCUGCACCAGCCACUUCUUCCCCCACUGCUGUAUCUGCACCAGCCACUUCUUCCCCCACUGCUGUAUCUGCACCAGCCACUUCUUCCCCCACUGCUGUUUCUGCACCAGCCACUUCUUCUCCCACUGCUGCUUCUCCACAAGCCACUUCUCCCAGUGCUUCUUCAAGAGCAGUUCAUCAUCGUAAGGAAGUUACCUACCGACCAGAACCAACUCUCAAAUACCAGCAUCUUUCAGCCAUCAGGAUCCAAACAGCCUAUCGAGGUUACAUGGCAAGGAGGAGCUUUACAGCUUUGAGGGGUCUAGUGAGGCUUCAAGGAGCAGUGAGAGCCCAGAACGUGGAGCGACAGACGAUCAAUGCCAUGAAAAUGAUGCAACUCUUAGUGCGAGUUCAAACUCAAAUUCAGUCACGAAGGACCCAGAUGCUAGAAAACCAGGCUAUCCAACGCCGCCAAGCUUGCAAGAAUGACAAGGACUUGGACAGUAGCUUGGGCAAAUGGACUGCAACCCAGUCUGAGGCAGGUCUCCAGGAGGAAUGGGAUGAUAGCUUGCUGACAAAAGAGGAAAUAGAGGCAAGGAUGCAUAGAAAAAUGGAAGCAAUCAUCAAGAGAGAAAGAGUAAUGGCUUAUGCACAUGCACACCAGUUACUGAAAGGCAAUCCCAAAUCAGCUCCAACAUGGGCAAUGGACAUCCGAUCUGGUGGGUUUCCCUGGUGGUGGAACUGGUUGGAACGUCAUCAUCUACCUCCUGCAAAUCCUAGUAAUACCCAAACCACGAAGAGCUUUCUUCCAACACCUCCUAGGCCAACAUUAAUGUCAGAGACAAAACCAAGCCCACAACCUGCCACAAGCAACUACAAGCAAGAUAAUAUUACUAGUGGGUUGGACCGUCUGGAAUUGCUCACACCAACGUCAACAAGAUCAGCAGUUCCAGCGAAAAAAUAUUUGAAACCAAGAAGUAGUGUUGCUGCUGAUUCUGCUUCUGAUGUGCCACUAAGGGACGACGACAGCCUCAUGAGCUGCCCUCCAUUUUCUGUUCCAAACUACAUGACACCGACAGUUUCAGCUAAAGCUAAAGUGAGAACAAAUAGCAACCCAAACAGGUUUCCAGGGACUCUGAGUGGUGAUUCCAAGUCGAAGAGGAGGUUUUCAUUCCCUCUCACACCCAACAUUGGCUCUUUCAAGUGGAACAAAGGCUCUACCAAGGAUUCAACUUCACAAAGGGUGUCGGAAAAAGACCAGUCUUUGCAAUCUGUGGGGGAUUUAAGCAUUGAUUCAACUGUUUCUAUGCCUGCUGCUGUUGGGAGGAAACCAUUUAACCGAUUUGUGUGAUUGGAUUUUUUUUUCUUUUCAUUUCACAUUUUUUUAACCCUGUGUUUUGACUAUUGGUUUUUUUUUUUUCCCCUCUCUCUCUCUCUCUCUUCAUAUUUUUAAUAUUGAGUGUGGUGAUAUAAUGAGUUACAAAAUAGUGAUGUAUAAUAAUAACAAAGAGUAGGAAAUGAUGGUUUGAAUGGAAGAUGAAUUUUGGGCUUUUGAAAAAUGUAGUGUGCACAUUUAUUCUGUUUGAAUUACUACUACUCUUGUGGAUGCUUGAAAGUGAAAGUGAAAAAUGUAGUGUGCACAUUUAUUC